UAUAAGGUUGUUCUCCCUUCGUGCUACAUCUCUAGCUACAAAUUCAAAUUCAAACGUAUUUUUGAAUAAUUUUUUUGUCUUUUUUCUAAAUUUUUUGUGUUGUGUUUUUUGUUUUUGAGGAAAAAUGUCAUUGUCUAGUGUAAAUGAAAGCGAUGAAUCGCUCAACGAGGUUCUCUCAAUUCUCAGCGCCGAACAAAUCAACGACAACAAUCCAAGGAGCUCAUCGGAAUCCGCAUUCGAGAGCAGCGACGCUGAUGGCGCUCUCACAGAUUCGAUUAGAGGUCGCUCCACAAUCGCGUUUUUAAAUUACAUGCGGGAAUGCAAACGCCGUUUUGGACAAAAGGCUGUGAACGUGGCGGCGCAGCGGUGGCGGACAAUGUCCCCAGAGCAACGAUCCCGCUACCGUAGGGCUGGCACAGAAGAGAAUGACAUAGCUAGCUCGACAGAUGCUUCUGAUUCCUCCCUGGACGAAGGGGAUUGUGGUUUCUGGAAUAAGCGCAAGCGCAGCUGUAAGUCUAAGCGCAAGAAGUCGAGUUGUGGCAAGCGCAGACGCAAGAAGUCCGCUUGCCAGAAGAAAAAGCGCAAGAAGUCCUGCAGCAAGCCUAAAAAGAGCUGCGGAAAGAGUCGCCGCAAGUCCCGUAGAGCCAAGAAGUGCAAUAAGUCCGAGGCUCACUGAGCCAGACAAAAGACGUAUUUCCAAAAAAAAAUGCAAACAAAUAAUUAAAUUCAGACAGUGGGCGGGGAAAGAUGUGACGUUUAGCGAUUGUCAAACUCUGAUGCAGUUCAGCCAACAAAAGGAACUUAAAAGCUUGGAAUAAAUGUGCGUGGUCCUCACCCUA